AUGAACAACUCGACAACCACUUGGCUCAACAUCUCUCACGAAAUUGCUAAACUCUUCAAUAUUGCUAUCACUAAAAUCGCCUAUAAAUCUUAUCUCGUCUCAUCAUUCCUGGUCAUCCCAACCCACAACAUUCUUUUGUUGACUUUCUCUAAUUAUCGACCAUCUUUGUGUAAUGGAAACUUUGAUUGA